GUGCAAUAAAUCGCUCCAGUAGAACGGAGAAGAACAGUCUGUGAAUACCAGUGACGAAAGCUGGCAUAAAUUUUGAAGGAAGAUUAAGGUGAACAAUGGCAGCCCGCAAUGUGGACUGUGAAACAGAGCUCUGUCUAACUCCUUGCGGCCGCUCAAGCAAUAACAAUCAAAAAAGAACGGAGAUGUCUGUAAGUGGUGAUUUGGCCGGCGGUGGUAAUGAGCUGCAGAAAAAAAUCAGUUUUUUCUAUGGCGGUCAGGUUUUCAUCUGCGACGUCACUGAGAUUCAGGCAAGAGCAAUAAUAUGCAUGGCAAAGAGGGAGAUGGAGGAGGCGAUGAUCAGCAGCAGCCAGUCAGCUUCUGCUCCUCGUGGGUCAUGGCCGGAGCUUCACGCGCCGCCGGAACCACAGCUGCUGAGUUCGAGGCUGUCGAUGAAAAGAUCUCUGCAGAGUUUCUUACAGCAGAGGAAGAGUAGAGCUUGUGAAAGCACCGGACCGUCUCUGUUGCAGAAUCAACAAGAUUUACAGUCUGAUUCGUCGUCUUCCUCUUGACGCUGCUGAUUGGGAUGCAUGGGGGACGGGAGUUCGAUUUGUUCUUUUAACAUUAAGUUGGUUUAAUUUAGUUUAUUAUUGCCAUGGAUUUGGAGUUUUAAUGAAGAAGAUGAUGGUGCUGGCUUGAAUUUGUGUUUGAGGGAUCUUAAAAUUGAUUUCAUAAAUGUAUGAUGUACUGAUUUGCUAUUUAUUCUGAGUUCUAAAAGCCUGAGAAUUUUUGUUAGUAGAGCUGAAGCGCCUUUAAUUUUGGUGUUUAAC